GGCCGUUUGACAGACACAAGCACUGUGCACAGAAGCAUGGCCGUUCGUGUCUUUGAGGGUAAGGAUCAUGCAGCUGCUUACCUGCAGUACAGAAUAGCACCUAAUGAAUUAAUCAGCAGGAUUAUGAGCUACAUGGAGAAAAAGACAUCAAACCAGUUCAAUCUAGCAGUGGACGUGGGCUGCGGUUCGGGACAAGGGACGAUCCUAUUGGCUCCGUACUUCACCAAGGUUGUUGGAACAGACGUCAGCCCCGCCCAGCUAGAGAUGGCUCUGGCCAGUGGCUGCCCUCCGAAUGUAUCAUACAGGGAGUGUCCGGCAGAGGAGCUACCGUUUGCUUCUGGUGAGGUGGACCUCGUGACGGCCGUGACGGCGGCUCACUGGUUCGACCGCAAGCGCUUCCUCCUGGAAGCUGACAGGGUGCUGAGGCCUGGAGGCUGCCUGGCUCUCCUGAGCUACACCAUGGACUUUGAGCUGGAGUAUGGGGGCGUCACCAACACAGCACUGAAUCACAUCUGUGAAGAGUUUUACGCUGCUCUGCGUCCAUUCCGAAAUCCCCAUAUAGGAACAAACUCUAUGAAGAUCUACUCAGACUUGUUUGACUCCUGCCCAUACCCCGACAAAGAGUGGAAUGAGUGUGUGAGGGUUAAAAGGAUCAUGCCACUGAGCAGAUACAUUGCCCUGGUGGAGACCUUCUCCUCCUACCAGGCCCUGCUGCAAAAGGACCCCGCUGAGGCUGAACGUCGUUCUAAUGACAUCAGGAACAAGUUGAUGUCUGCCAUGAAGGUGUCUUCUCCUGAUGCAGAAGUUACGGUCAUUGUGCAUUAUUUCUAUUGGCUGGCACACAAACCUUGAUCGCUCUGACUGGCUGAGUCCUCCAGAUCCCGACCAGCCGGUUGGAAAUCAACAGAAAACAAAAACAAUCAUAUUUUUUGUGUUUUUUUUUAUAGAAAGAUAUUUGAUUUUUAAUUAGGAAACAAUUAUGGGAUGAACCUGCUGUUGGAUUAACUCCAGGCUUAUGAGCAUUGACAUCUGGGAAUCUAGAGCCUUCCAGAGUGAGCUCUAGAUGGAGAUCUUCAUAACGUCUACUUUGAGCCUUUUACAGUCUUAAAAUUGUACUUUUCUUGAAGUUUAUUUCAUGACCAGGGUAGAAGAAUCCCACUUGCAUCCAGAAUAUCCAUAUGCUUAACAAUAUUCAUAUUAAUAGAUUGAGUUGUCUUUUAAUUAAUCAGGACCAUGGGGGGUAUUUAAACAUAGAUUGAAUUGUUAUUUCAUUGCUAUACAACUCCAGCAAGAAAUAUCAAUC